AUGGUUGAGGAUGUAGAGGAUAUGGUGAAAGAAGCCGUCGAAGUUGCUGAUGUCGUUGAUGAUCGAGCCCAAGUGGAAGAACUAUACGCAAUCAUCGAGGGAGCGAGAAGCGUUGUACAUGAUGCUUCCACCGAGCCCGGAUAUCUCAUGACAACCGCGCUCCCUCUGAAGGUAUCUGGGUCUUCAAGUUCUUCUUCUCGCCAUCAAAACACAAAUCCGUCUCUCAUCGCCCAUCAGAGUGGCGUAGAUGAUGUCGCUCCCGACGUCUGUCUGCCACACGAUCUGCCGAGAGCCUCAGUGUCCUACGAUUGGGCCUACUCGAACCAAAACGUUCGAAAAGAAGAGAGUUCCUCUACGUCGUCAUGCUCGUCCAGUGAUUAUGAAAGCGAGCGAGACCAUGUCGAUUUCGACACGCGAAGCAAUCUAGACCUGCCAAAGUUGGUUCAGACAGCUCCAAGAGAACACAUAGAUUUUGUUCUUCGCCCUGUAGGCCGAAACGAGUCUCGUGGUCGUUCUCGCCGACGUAUUACCGGCAAUUCCACAGCGCAUCGACGUAGUCGCCACCGAAGUCAUGAGCAUAUAUCUAGACCAAGAUCUCGGCCCAAACCAAGAGAUGACUCAGGUUUCGGCGAGACGGAUACCUCUCUCGACGAGGACGAUACGCCGUCGAAGCCAUGUGGCCAUGAACUCACGGUACGAGAGCAGGUACAUCAUCACACGUUCAGUCUCCGACGACAUCACCGCAGACAGCCGAUUGCGCGAAAUUGGUCCACAGGCAAGAAGCGUCUUACUGCUAGUAUUGCAUGUAUCAACACAGCUCUGCUUGGCAUUAUCAUCGGUAUCUACGCGGGUGAAGUACCUCGCAUACAAUACUCCCUCGCGGAUGAACGCCAUGUCACAAUCAUAGGCAAUGCUGUACUUUACGCUGGGCUUGCUAUCUCAACCUUUUUUGCCUGGACACUACCUCUCCUACACGGACGCAAACCCUAUAUCCUCGCUGCUCUGGCAAUCGCCUUACCACUCCAAUUUCCCCAGGCCAUUGUCGUCAGCGGCUUUCGCAACAAAGACACGAAGUAUCGUGUCGGGCUUCUGCUUUCCCGUGGCGUAUCUGGCCUCGUUUUUGGAUUUGCAAAUGUCAAUUACAUCACCGUGCUACUUGACCUCUUUGGGGCCUCUCUACAGUCCAAGAACCCUCACCAAGAGUUCGUCGUCGCGAACGAUGUCCGUCGCCACGGUGGAGGUAUGGGCAUGUGGCUCGGCAUUUGGUCAUGGUGUUGGAUCGGAUCUCUAGCCGUUGGCUUUCAGAUCGGCGCGGCGGUUAUCGAGAAACUGACACCAGAUUGGGGGUUCUACAUCGUCGUUGUGAUCAUCGCUCUUGCCCUCAUUCUCAACAUCAUGACUUCGGAAACGCGACGUGCACCAUUCCGAAAAUCAGUGACUGAGGUAUAUGAUAGAGACGAAAACUAUAUCACAAGACGUGUGAGCCGGGGAGAAGUGAAAUUACACAUCGGAACUGAAGGGCCGAAGUAUUGGUUUGAAGAAGUGUGGGCAGGCAUCAAACUGAUGGCAAUGAUGCUUUGUCAACCUGGUUUCCUCGUUCUGGCACUCUACCUGGGAUGGAUAUACGCACAGGUCGUACUUGUGAUUGUCCUGCUUGGUGCCCUCCUGUCGCGAGACUACAGAUGGAAACCGACAAAGGUGGGUGCAGGGGUUAUAUCCAUAGCCAUCGGCGCCUUCCUUGCGAUUCCCCUGACAAAAGCCGGUAUCUUCUCUCGGGAGCGGAAAAGCGCAUUUCGUACCGAUUCUAUGACGUUCCAGAAACAAGUUACCUGGUCGAGCCAUCUUGUCCGCCGCGCUAUCUUUACGCUCACACUCCCUCUGAUGGGCAUGGCGUACACUGUCUCUUCGGCUAGUCGCCCUCAACCAUGGCUUGUGCCGAUUGUUUUCGCUGGCGCUGUAGGCUUUCUCAGUAUUCUCGCUAUAGCUGAGUGCCACGGCCUGAUGAUGGAAACAUUCGACACAUGUGAUCUACAACCUGGAGUUAAUACGCGACAUCGCCUGCAAAGCAUGGCCGUACAAGAUCGCAGGAGAAGGACGAAUUACACCUCCUUUCCGCGUGUUACGGCUGGUAUCUUUAGCAGCCAAAUUAUCGCGUUCAUCCUCGCCGCUGUUGCAACGAUGGUAGGCGGCAAUAUGACACGGAAUCUUGGCGCUCAGAAGUCCACCGGGACUACGGCAGGCAUCCUGUUUGCUCUCACUGUUCUUCUUAUCCUGGUCCUAUACCGCUUCAAGUCCGUACAGGUUAUCCCUAAUCAUACAUUUGGAACCAGGCGCGACACGGCAGCCUGGCAAGAAUUCAAAGACCUGGAAAAAAUUGGCCGAGGCAGUGACUGGAAGCCUGUUGUCAUUGGAAAUCCGAGUGGCAAGAUGAGGAGAAUGAGUGCGCUUGAGUUGGGGGCGUUGAGUCGCUGGACAGAGAUUCGGAAAUUGAACUUUCUAAUCAAAGGAGUCAUGUUAGGACAGCCAAAGGAGAAGAAGAGCUUUAGAGAUAGUUGGUGA